GUUUCAAGCAAGUCGGCCCAUAAUAUCAAGCACCGCAACCUUCUCGUUGUUCGUUUCAUAGUUCUGCUUUCUUCUUUCUGUAGUCGUUUUAUCGGCUUCAAAUUUGUCUCCUCUUUGCAAAGUUUGUAGUACAACUUCAAGGCAAUCUCUUAUUUCCACAAUAUCUGAGAUUGUUCUUAUUGAUAUAUCUUUUUAUUUCUCUCAAUUAGGUCAAAUUUUUCAUUCAUUCAGAAGGAGAAAAUGAAACCAGUGGUGGGGGUGGUAGUCUCAAACAAGAUGCAGAAAUCAGUAGUGGUAGCGGUGGAUCACCUUUUCCAUCACAAGCUUUAUAAUCGGUAUGUUAAGAGAACUAGCAAGUUCAUGGCCCAUGAUGAACAGGACGCGUGCAACAUUGGAGAUCGGGUUCGACUAGAUCCUUCAAGGCCACUUAGUAAGCGGAAGCAUUGGAUUGUAGCCGAGAUUCUCAAGAGAGCACGUAUAUAUACACCUCCAUCAGCAGACAGCACUGCUGCUAAAUCGAUCAGCAAUGUUGAAGCUUCCUCAACUCCAUCUGCCUAGCUACUUCAAUCUGGUUUGUAUGCUAUCUCAAGGCUCAUCCUUACCGGUAAUAUUUUGUCCUCGAGAGUGCUUCUAGGAAAAAGGACCUAUAGUUAGAAGUCGCGAGCAAAGUAGCAAGUUUUUCCUCUUUAUGUUUUGCUUUUGGCGUAAUAACCCCUCAGCAGCAGUACCAGUCUUUAUAUUGAUUUGGUUGUUCAGGCAUGCGUCCAUUGUAUGAUCCGAAGCUAUUCUUUUUGCGUUUUUACUGGAUAUUCAAGCGUA